AUUUUUUCCAAAAUUAAAAGAAAAAAAAGUGAAGGGCUUAUUUUUUUUUUUUAAAUUUUUAAAAUAGUAUAAACUUUUUAGUUCCUGGUCUCUUUUUAAGACUAUUAUUAUUGUAAUAGACAAUAGAUGAUGAUUACACUCUCUGCUGGUCAUACUGUUACUGUUCUGCACUGUUUGUUUCCAUUUGUAGUAGAGGCAAAUUGCAACUUCCUUUUUCUCAACGCUUAGAAUCUUAGAUAACAAUGUGAGUGAAGGUCCAAAUUUAUGUCCAAAAACAGUUUUUUUUUUUGGUCUUCGACCCCUACUCAUUGGUAUGUGUACUCUUUUUGGGUUUAUCAUUUUCUUGGGAAAGUGGCAUAUGAGAAAGCUAGGUUUUCUUUUCUCUCUCUCUCUCUCUGCUGCAAAACUUUCGGGGUAAUAGUAAACAGCUAGCUAAUUCACUGGCUUCUAUUACAUCUAAAAAUCUUUAGCACCAAAUGUGUAGAACCCAAUUUUUUUGUUUGACCAAUUUAAUUUAUAAGCUUUUUUUUUUUUUUGUGUGUUCAGGAUUUGGUCUGGAUAAUUACCCUGUUUAGUGUCUGUUUUGUUUCUUCGCUUUAGUCAUGAUAGAUAGGUCAUGCUCAUGCUCAUGCUCAUGCUCAAAGAUACAUGGUGGGUCUCAUUGGACCCAUGAAGUAGCAUUCGAUAUGAAUCGUGUUCUAAUUGUUUUUGUUGUUAGGGAUCUAGUUUGAUUGAUUUCCUAUAUUGAUGAAGGGAACACAAAGGUCUUGUCUUGAGUUGUUGUUGGGUCUCAUUCAAUGACCGACUACUUCUGACAUAGCUGUGAUAAAUACGAAUUAUGGGAAUUGAAGCUUCCAAUGUUGAAAUGGUAGUAAUUUAUGUUUAUGCCAUUAAUGACUCAUAAGAUGCCCUUGUAAGUUGUAAAUGAUAGUGAAGUUUAUAUUUAGGAAAUUGUAGUAAAGGUAGCUCUGCUGGAAACUAAACUAAAUCAGGUAACAGAUGGACUGGAUGGGAGUUGGUGUGCAUUUAAAAUUUACCCGGAUAAUAGAUAACUGACUAAAUGAGUGGUGAAUGGUGGGGGCUGCAUGAUAUCACCUUGAGAACUCUUACUAAUAAACUGCAGCCACCUAUCUGUCUGCCAAACUCAUAGAUGGGAUUAGCAAAAUAAUGUUGCCUUUGUAAGGUUAAUUGAUUUUUCGCCUUAGCAAUUAAUUCGUUGAUUAUUGAAAUUUGUGGCAGUUUCAAACUUCCUAGAUGUGUGUAUAUAUGAUUUCUCUAAUGAAUAUUUACAGGUGUUCUUGAUGCUUUUUGUUAAAUCAUUAAUCUGGUCACUUUGGUUUCUUUGAUUUGUUAACUAUCUACAAGAGCUUUUUCCAAAUUGUAGCUUCCCGAUUACUGAAUUUCUGAGCUGAUGCGGUGGAACGCAAAAUCUCCCCCACAGUGGGAGUGGGAUCACCUAUUCUUCAAUACAAAUCCAACAGAAAAUUCAAAGUUACAAUCACCAAACUGGACUGGUGAAGCAAACCAAGAAAUCAGUUUUGAGUUGUUUGAUGCAUCUGGUAGCAAUGGUUGUUCUGGGUCAGAGCUAAUACACGCUUCUUCAUCAAGGACCACAAAAUCAGCCUCUAUCAAUUCAUCAUCAAAUAUGGGUAGCAAAACAUCUAUAUUCACUUUUGAAAGUUCCCAAGAUGAUUCCAGUGGUAAACAAGAAUUAUCUAAAGAAGAGCUAGUAGAAACUUCUCAUGCACCAGAGCCAUCUUCUGUCUCUGGUGAACCAUUGCUCACUCUAAAGCUUGGUAAGCGGUUGUACUUUGAAGAUGUUUGCCCAGGAAGUGAUUCCAAGAACAUAUCUUUCUCCAAGGAUUCCAUGUCAUCUUUAAGUUCCGGAAAGAAAUGCAAGUCCAAUGAUCAGAGCAUACAAUAUCCAUGUUGUCAGGUUGAAGGAUGUGGUCUUGACCUUUCAUCAGCUAAAAAUUACCACCGCAAGCACAGAGUUUGUGAAAGUCAUUCCAAAUCCCCUAAAGUGGUUGUAGCUGGUUUGGAACUUCGAUUUUGCCAGCAAUGUAGUAGGUUCCAUGGUCUGUUAGAGUUUGAUGAAAAAAAGAGAAGUUGCCGACGACGUCUUUCAGAUCAUAAUGCAAGGCGCCGUAAACCUCUUCCUGAAGUUGUCCAAUCAAGUCAAUCAGCUUUGUCUUCGGUGCCAUGUGAGAGGAGGCAACAGAUGAGCCCGUUCGCUUUUUCAAGGACUGCUACUAGCAUAGCUUGUCAAGACAUACAUAACAGCGAGCUUUCUCAGACAAAAGAUUUUCUCAUGAAGCCUGCAAAGGCCAAUACCGAGAUACCAAGUAUUGUCACUAUGCUCUCCAAUGAUUCCAACAUAAGUUUUACCUCAAAAGACAUUGCAACCAAGAAUAUCAAUCUAGGUAUAGAAGAUUCCCUCAACUCCUCUGAUCCGAAUACUGCAAAAGAUUUCCACCGUGCUCUCUCUCUUCUGUCAACAACCAAUUCAUGGGGUUCAUAUGAGGGUAAAUCCAUUUCUCUGGAACACUCCAGUCACACAAGUGCCACUCAGCCUGCAACACACGCAGUGAGUCAGCGCUUACCUCUUUCUUCAUUAGAAUAUUGGCAUAGUGAUCAACCACUCAAUUCCAACACGUGGAUCUCCUACUCAAAUAGUGAUGACAACGGUCGCUUUCACGAAUUUCAACUGUUCAGAGAACCUUUUGAGUCUGGUUUUCCCUACGACCAAUUGGAUUAACAAGUGUUUAAUUUUUGUGGACAAGGGCAGUUCCCUUGUGAUUUCCUGAUUGACGGUAUCUAUUUUUGUUGCAAUGACUGAUUAUUUCCUUGUUUUCUUAAUUUGUUAUCAUAUGGAAAUGACAUUCAAAUGUGGAAAUGUUUUUGCAUGCUA